GUCCGGCGGGGGCAUUUUGGGUGUGGAAAGGCCACUCCCUACGACGCCGAAAUGGCUGCGUUAGCGCGGGGCCUGAACGAGGUUGUACGGGACUUGCCCGGUAGCGUGACUGACAUCCACGUAUUCGCAGAUAACCAGGCGGCGCUCUUGUCCAUCCUGGCUGCGGGGCAAGGGCCUGCACAAGGGCUGUCCGUUGCGGCCUGCCAGUCGGUCCGUCCCUGGCUGACUGCGUCGCCCGCGCAUCACGUCCAUGUGUGGUGGUGCCCUGGUCACAGGGGGGUGUAUUGGAAUGGUGUGGUCGACAAGGCCGCCGGUCUUGGGGCUGAGCUGUUGGACGAGGUGUCCUUCGCCUAUGCGCGGCAGUGCAUCACUGCCGAUGCCUAUAAGGUGUGGCGGGCAGAUAUACACCGCCUGCCCUACCGUGGGCGCAACAACUUGAUGCAGGUGUCUGACUUCGAGCGCUGUAAGCACACUUCGGCCAACUGGUUCCUGCGGACGGCAGGACGCAGCACCACGUACAUGGCGCGGCUGAUUCGGUUUGCGAGCGGGCACUUUCCGCACGGUGCGUUCCGCGAACGUUUCAACUUCGAGGGGAACCGGCGGUGCUGGUGCGGGGCAGAUGUCGAAACUCGCGACCACAUUUGGUUUGACUGCGACUUGUGGAUCAAGAAGCACAAGCCCCCGGACGCCGAGAUCGAGCGUAUGCGUUGGGGCGAGCGCGGUGACUGGCGAGAGACGCCGAUCGCUCUCGACGACGUCGCGGAAUUCCUGCGCCUCAACCCGAUUGUGGGCACCUUCACCUGGCUGGAGCUGGUCGACCAGGCCUUGGGGGAUCGGGCGCGCGGCGAGGACGACUCCCUGGCGCUCCUCAAGGUCGACCUGCACACGGUGCGGCGCAAGGCCGCGUAUGAG